CAAAUACAAAAAAAUUUAAAAAUAAAAAAACAAGUGCAUUUGUCUGUCUCAAUAAAUUGAGCGCACACACUCAUUACUUACUCUUGACUCUAGAGUCUUGAUUCCAUAGGAAGCCACAAUGCUUCAUCUGCUUGUGUGCAUGCUCUGCAUUCUCCUCUCCCCAGUGACCUCCCUCAACCAAGAAGGCCUCUACCUCCAACAAUUCAAGCUAACCCUCGACGACCCCGACAAUCGCCUCGCCGACUGGAACCCCCGCCAUGCCACCCCUUGCAACUGGUUUGGCGUCCUCUGCGACCCCCCUACCAACACCACCGUCACCUCCCUCUCCCUCCCCGACACUAACAUCGCCGGUCCAUUCUCCGCCCAUAUCCUCUGCCGCCUCCCCAACCUCUCCUCCAUCAACCUCUUCAACAACUCCAUCAACGCCACCCUCCCCCUCGACAUCUCCCUCUGCUCCAACCUCCAACACCUCGACCUCUCCCAGAACCUUCUCACCGGCACGCUCCCCCACACUCUCCCUCACCUCCCCAACCUCCGCUACCUCGACCUCACCGGCAACAACUUCUCCGGCCCCAUUCCGGACUCCUUCGGGACCUUCCAGAAACUCGAGGUCAUCUCCCUCGUUUACAACCUUCUAGAAGGCACCAUCCCUCCCUCAUUGGGGAACCUAACCACCCUCAAAAUGCUCAACCUCUCUUACAACCCAUUCUACCCGGGUCGGAUCCCGGACUCGCUCGGCAACCUCACCAACCUCGAGGUUCUCUGGCUCACACAGUGCAACCUCGUUGGCACCAUUCCAGACUCGCUUGGCAACUUGAAGAACCUCAGGGACUUGGACCUUGCGCUCAACGAUUUGUACGGUUCCAUCCCCACUUCCCUCACUCGUUUGACUCGUUUGACUCAGAUUGAGUUGUACAACAACUCGCUCUCCGGGGACCUGCCUCGUGGCUGGAGAAACCUCACCGCCCUACGCCUUCUCGACGCCUCCAUGAACCACUUGACGGGGACCAUACCGGAGGAGCUCUGCGCGUUGCCCUUGGAGAGUCUCAACCUCUACGAGAACCGCUUUGAGGGCCAGCUGCCGCCGAGCAUUGCCAAUUCGCCCAACCUCUACGAGCUCAGGAUCUUCGGGAACCGUCUCACCGGAAGGUUGCCGGAGAAUCUGGGGCGCCAUUCUCCUCUCAGGUGGCUCGACGUCUCCAGCAACCAGUUCUUGGGGCCGAUUCCGUCCACGCUGUGCGAUCACGGGGAACUGGAGGAGCUUCUUGUGAUAUACAAUUUGUUUUCCGGCGAGAUUCCGGCGAGUCUGGGAACGUGCCAGAGCCUGACGCGGGUGAGGCUGGGGAACAACCGGUUCUCCGGCGAGGUGCCGGCGGGGAUGUGGGGUCUCCCCCACGUGUACCUUCUUGAACUCGCGGAGAAUUCGUUCUCCGGCCCCAUUGCGAAGACCAUUGCCGGUGCCGGGAACCUUUCGCUGCUGUUUCUCUCGAAGAAUAAGUUCGAGGGAGUGAUCCCCGACGAGGUUGGGUGGUUGGACAAUCUCGUGGAAUUUUCUGGCAACGAUAACAUGUUCAGCGGUUCGAUCCCAGAGACUGUUGUGAAUCUCGGGCAGCUUGGGACCCUUGAUCUUCACAACAACAAACUAUCCGGGGAGCUUCCAAAAGGGCUUCAUUCUUUGAAAAAGCUGAGCGUUUUGAAUUUGGCCAACAAUGGCAUUGGUGGGAAGAUUCCAGAUGAGAUUGGUAGCUUGUCAGUUUUGAAUUCUCUUGAUCUCUCCAAGAACCAGUUCUCCGGGAUGGUCCCUCACGGAUUGCAGAAUUUGAAGCUGAACAUUCUGAAUUUGUCUUACAAUCGUCUCUCCGGGGAGCUCCCUCCUCUGUUGGCUAAGGACGUGUACGUGGAUAGCUUUCUGGGGAACCCCGGUUUGUGUGGGGAUUUGAAGGGUCUCUGCAGUGGAAGAGGCCAAGCCAAGAGUUUGGGCUAUGUUUGGCUUCUCAGGACUAUCUUCAUUGUCGCCACUUUGGUGUUCUUUGUGGGCGUGGUGUGGUUCUACCUCAAGUAUAAGACUUUCAAGGAUGCCAGAAGGUCCAUUGAUAAAUCGAGGUGGACCUUGAUGUCGUUUCAUAAGCUGGGUUUUGGUGAAGAUGAGAUCUUGAAUUGCCUUGAUGAGGAUAAUGUGAUUGGAAGUGGGUCAUCCGGGAGAGUCUACAAGGUGGUGCUUAGCAGCGGGGAAGCGGUUGCGGUGAAGAAGAUAUGGGGAGGGGCAGGGAAGGGUGGAGAGAGUGGAGAUGUGGAAAAAGGUGGUGGUGGACGGGUGCAGGACGAAGCUUUUGAUGCGGAGGUUGAGACUUUGGGCAAGAUCAGGCACAAGAACAUUGUUAAGCUGUGGUGUUGCUGCACAACCAGGGAUUGCAAGCUACUGGUUUAUGAGUACAUGCCCAAUGGUAGUCUUGGUGAUUUGUUGCAUAGCAGCAAAGGUGGGUUGUUGGAUUGGCCAACCAGGUAUAAGAUUGCCGUUGACGCUGCUGAAGGCCUCUCUUAUCUACAUCAUGAUUGUGUUCCACCAAUUGUUCAUAGAGAUGUGAAAUCCAGCAAUAUCUUGUUGGAUGGGGACUAUGGUGCCAGGGUGGCGGAUUUUGGAGUGGCCAAGGCCGUCGAAACUGGAGGGAAAGGAGGAACCAAAUCCAUGUCUGUCAUAGCUGGGUCUUGUGGGUACAUUGCGCCAGAAUAUGCAUACACUCUCAGAGUGAACGAGAAAAGCGACAUAUACAGUUUUGGUGUUGUGAUACUUGAGUUGGUUACCGGGAGGCGUCCGGUGGAUCCUGAAUUCGGAGAGAAGGACUUGGUGAAGUGGGUGUGCACCACCCUGGAUCAGAAAGGGGUGGACCAUUUAAUUGACUCGAGGCUUGAUUCUUGUUUCAAAGACGAAAUUUCCAAGGUUUUCAACAUUGGCCUCAUUCCAUGAGAAGGGUGGUGAAGAUGUUGCAAGAGGUGGCAACAGAGAAACAAGUGAAGCCUGCCAAGAAAGAUGGCAAGUUAACUCCUUAUUACUAUGAUGAUGCCUCGGAUCACGGAAGUGUUGCUUGAUUCAAGGCCCUGCAAGCUAAAGAUCUGGAUCAAUUGAUUCGGAAAGGAAAGUUUGAAGCUUCGCAUUAACAAGAAGCCAACUUUCCCUUCAGAAAGUUGACCAAAGAAAAGAGGAGAGGAAGGUUGGGCUUGAAAAAUUGGUGUUUAACUCUGAGUAGACAUCUACAUCAGAGGUGCUUCCCUACCAAAAUCAAGUUGGUGCUUUGCAUUAUAACUUUAUUUUUAGAAAUGAUAUUUUCCUUUGUUAAAAGAAGUAUAAGAUUUUCCGGGUACAUGUAUAUCUAUGACAAGAAUUUUUCCUUGUCUCUUGCAUGGGUCAGGGAUUUAUAAAUUUGUAAUAUCAAUAGCUUCAAAGAAAUUCAGGGUCCUAACUCAUAACCAGUGUUCUGCUGUAAAAUCAGGCUAUAUACUGUUUGAGCUACCCUUACCUACAAAGUUGGCUUUGAAAAUCUGAAAGCAACAUUAUACAGUAACCUUCUUUUCUAGAUCAUAUUAACUUAGAAGAUGAUAAGCCUGCGUAAGGAAUGGAAUAAGCAGCCUGAUUGUUCUUGAAUUCUCAUAAUUGUUUUUGGAUGUUUGUAUCUAAAUGCUUAGAGCCUUAGACUCUUCUAAGCUUGAGAAUUUGUAUCUCA